AAUAAAGAAAACAUUUCUCCCUUGAAAUUGUGCCAGAUGCGGUGAUACGUUACACAGGCUGAAUCAAACGUGUUUUCAGUGCCUGUUUUGAAAAUAACGGGAUUAUUAAAUAGCUAAUCAUCUGAACGACGGCUAAUGUACUAUCGGAACACAUCGAAGACUAGCAGGAUCCAUUAUGUGAUAUGAACUUAUUUACUUUCAGUUUUCCUUAAAGGAAGUUAGCGCAAUUGGACUGGAAGGCUAAAUGUGCGAUCAUGGAGGGCAGAGGUGAUGAUGAGGCUGCAGAUGGCCAACGUGUUCAGCCAUCUAACGCUAAUGCAUGUCCAUCCCUAUCAGGAGAUGAAAAAGCCAAUGAGAGCAUGGAGGUGGAUGAUGAUUUGUUCAAACACUCCACCACUCUCACCAACAAACAGCGUGGGAAUGAGGUUACAGUACGCCCGGCAACAUUAGACUCUCUGUCCAUACAUCAGCUUGCAGCUCAAGGUGAGGUUUCACAAGUAGCUGCACACCUGAGCAAAGACAGCUCAUUGCUUAGCAGUCAGGAUGAGCGAGGCUUUACACCUCUCAUGUGGGCAGCAGCGUUUGGAGAGAAAGCAGUGGUGGACUUUCUCUUGGAAAAGGGUGCAGACCCCAAAACAAUUGCGAGGGAGCGAGAAAGCGCCCUGACAUUGGCCAGCUCUGGAGGAUACGUGGACAUCGUUGAAGCCCUCCUCAGACAUGGAGUGGACAUUAACACUUAUGACUGGAAUGGUGGAACUCCUCUUCUUUAUGCUGUACGAGGGAACCAUAUCAAAUGUGUAGAGGCAUUGCUAGCCAGAGGAGCAGAUAUGACCAUAGAGUCUGACUCUGGAUACAGUCCAAUGGCGCUGGCAGUUGCUCUUGGGCAUAAGAAAAUCCAGAAAGUGUUGGAGGACCACAUCUUGAAACUCUACAAGCCAUCAACAUGACACUUAUUAAAAUACAUUAAUGGAGUUGCCAGUGUGACACUCAGCUGAUCUUAAACCUUCGUUGGUUUUCACAAAAAUGUCUGUCACAAGCUAAGGUCAUAAUGGAUUAUUGCAUACACAAACAUUUACCAGAUAAACAGCGAUUUUUAACCUGUUUAUUCCAUUUAUAUGCAUUGCAAUGUUCAAAAUGUUUUACAAACAAGGACUGAAAUGUGACAGUUGUGCAGCUGAAUUAUUUUGCUUGGCUGAAGAAUGACCAAAAAAAAAAAAUUCUAAUAAAUUAUUUUCAUACUG